GCAAGGCUGGCCCACCCCGCAGGGCCGGGGGCCGCGGCCGCUCCGGCCCCGCUCCGCAGCGCCGUUUCCGGGAGCCGCGGGCAGGUGAGGCGGCGGCGGCGGGCGGAGCGCGGCGGAGCGGCCGCUAUGAGGCUGCUGCUGCUGGCGUGCCUGCGGGCACAGACCGGCAACGCCACCACGGCCGCCAGGAUCCAGAAUCAUCUGCAUGCUGCAGGCCAUAUCUGUGUUCUUAAAGAUGCUUUCAUGUAUGAAAGUCCAACUGAAAUAGCAAACCUGACCUCCACAGACAAGUUUGAUGCAGCCCUGGCCAUUCACCUCUAUAAAGGAGGCAGACUGCUGCAAGGGAGCAGAAUUCCUUUUGGAAUCAUCUUUGGUGGGACAGAUGUAAAUGAAGAUAUCAAAUGCAAAGAGAAACGCCAGGUAAUGGGAGCAGUGCUGGAGAAAGCCAGGUUUGCAGUGGCUUUCACAGUGGAAAUGAAGGAGCUGGCAGCAGCAGAGUGGCCAGAUGCUAGGAAGAAAAUCUACGUGCAAAGUCAAGGAAUUAAGACUACACCCAGUGAAACCUUUGACUGGUACAGAUUUCUACAAAAUGCAGGCAUUCCUGCAGACACAGACAGUGUGCACCUGUUUCUUUUGGUGUGUGGGCUCCGGAGAGUCAAAGACCCUCUGUAUUUAGUAGAAGCUUUCUCAGACUGGCACAGAAAGGAUCCCAGUGUCCAUCUGGGCAUUAUUGGACCUGCAGUUGAUCCACUUUUUACCAGUGAAGUUAAGGAGAGAGUCAAAAGGGCCCCCGGGGUGCACGUGCUGCAGGAGCUGCCCCAGCAGGAGCUGCACGCUGCUCUCAGGAGGAGCCUGGCCGUGGUGAACAGCUCCAUCUCCGAGGGCAUGUCUGCUGCCAUCCUGGAGGCAAUGGAUUUAGAAAUCCCAGUGCUGGCAAGGAACAUUCCUGGGAAUGCAGCAAUAAUAAAACACAAGGAAACAGGACUGCUGUUUUCAACUCCCCAGGAGUUCGUUGCGCUGUCCAAGAGUUUAAUGAAUGACCCCAUUACGGAAAAGGAAAUUAUAAGAAGGGCCAAAGACUACGUGAAGAAGCAUCAUUCCUGGGAAGCUGAAAGGAAAACCUACCAGAAUCUUGUGCAGAGGCUCCAGUGACUUGGCAGGCUGCAGCUGAGAGCCAGCAGAGCACUUUAAUGAUGGAAAUGUGAUUAGCUUUGGGUUUCUCUCGGGUUCUUGCUAGGAAAAUAGUCAGACAUUGUCAUUGCAGUUGAACAAACCACGGCCCCAGCUGCUGCAGACCCUGCCAGGUGUCCAGCUGAGCCCAGAGCAGGCUGAGUGUGGGGUCAGCACCCCUGGGGCAGGUGCCAGCUGUUUGCUGCUGUGAUGCCCCCAGGGCAGGGCAUUCCUGGCACACAGAGCUCUCAGGAAACCUUCUGCCCCUGCUGCAUCCCACCCCCCUGCAGCAGCAGCAGCUUCCUUCCCACUGCCACCCCUCCGAACACAUCCAGGUGCACAGCACACACCUGGCCUAAAGCCCAGGCUGCACAACCACAGGGAUCAAUUAUUGACAGCAGAGCUUCCUUCAGCCUCCACCGAGGCAGCAGGAGCAUCACAAACAGCACAGGCAGUGCUGAUGCUGGGCAGAGGAGGAGCACAGGGUGUUCUGUGCUGCCCCUGAGCCCUGCAGCCCCUCCAGAGCAUGGCCCAGCUCUCCUGAGCCUGCAUUUCUGCCCCUGGGGCCAGGGCAGGAGGUUGGCCCAGGCCUGGCCCAGGUGCCAGAGCUGUGCCAGAGAUGCUCUGUUACAUAAACUACCUCUUGGUUUGCCAGUUCCUUUGGUCCCUCUGUGAUUUACUUAUUUGUUAAAAUAUUUAUGAGACCUAUGAAAAGGGAUGGGGGGGGUGGAGGUAUUUUCAAUUUACCGUGUGUUUUGCUGCUGUUUGUUCUUAUUUGUGGCUUCUCAGGCUGCAUUUCAAUACAAUGCAGCAGGCUUAGUCUGAAAGUGAGACUGAUCUCUGCUCAAAGUCCACACCAAUCAUCCCUGUCAGCCCAGGGAUUAUGGACAUAUCUUUGAGUCUGUAAUUGGUCAUCCAAGGACUUGCAUCUAGAGAAAAAGGAAUGAGGGGCAUUUUUGUAAUUACUUGUUCUUAGGAGCCUGUUUGCUCUGUAAGGUCUGGAGCCUGCCCCAGGGAGAGGCUGUGAAAUGUUUUCUGUUGACUUCAGUGGCUGUUGUGUCAGACUUUCUUUGUCACAAUGAAGUUCACUGUGCAUUUUAAGCUUUGCUCUCUAUUUUUGAUGUGUUGCAAGGUUCUGGUACAGUAAACAAGAAAGCAGUUUGAAUGUUGUACAUUGAUUUCUCCCGGAUUUCCCUCCUUGUUUUGUGCUGGGGCUGCUCAGCACUGCCUUCAGUAACAAUCCCCAAGGGAUUUAAAACCCCAGCACUGCUGCACUCCCUUCUGAGCACGAUUUUCCUAAACACUCCUGGAGUGUCCUGUGCCACGGGAUGGAGGUGCAGCUGUGCUCCCCCUGAGUUUAAAAGCCAGCAGCCAGCCCUGAGCAGGCUGGAGGGGUGCAGCUGAAUGCUCCAGCUGGCUGCUGCUGCUGUCCCAGGAGAGCAGGGGACCUCCAGGGCCCUGCUGGCUCCCUUUUGGCCACUGGAUUUUCAGCAUCACAUACUGCAGGGGACCUUCAUAGGGAAUAAAAAAAGGACUUUUCCAGCUAACUGAGCCAACUUCAGGGCGCCCUGUUCCUCAAAACCUCUCUGAGAUCUCUGCCAGCUCACUUCUGAUGCCCUGCUUGAUUGGCUUUGAUCCUCAGCCAUCCCCCUGCCCUUCCAGUAGUAUUGGUUGUCUUCUGAGAAAAGCAGGUUUUUAAAAGCAAAUAAACAAAUCCACAGUGUGGGGUAGAAGCCUAAGCACUGAGCUGAUGGUAAGUGAUUAGUAAGAGUAAUGAUUAGAAAGCUUUUUCUGCAGCCUGAUACAUUUAUUACUGAGCUUCAACUAUAAAUACAUUGAUCUGGAAUUUGUGCUAUUCCCCGCAAAACAAAAUAUGUUCAAGUGAGAAACUGCGCUACGCCCUCGGAAUGUAAUUAACAUAUGAUUUUUCAGGCUGUAUUUAAUCUAUAAAUAUGAAAUCUGCA